AGAGAGAGAUAUGGAGAAGGAUUUUGGGUUGCGCCACCUAUUCAUGACGGUGUUCCUCUACUGCUUUGCCAACCUCAUGGUGGUUCCGGCCAUCACUGAUGUCACUUUAGCGGCACUUUGUCCCGGAAAAGACGAAUGCUCGUUGGCUAUUUAUAUCUCGGGGGCACAACAAGCGCUGAUAGGUUUGGGGUCACUUGUGGUAAUGCCUUUGGUUGGGAAUUUAUCGGACACUUAUGGAAGAAAAGUGUUGCUCACUGUCCCCAUGACUCUUUCGGUCUUUCCACUUGUUAUUUUGGCCUACAGCAGGACAAAAUACUAUUUCUACUCUUACUAUAUGCUGAGAACUCUGAUUUCCAUGGCAAGUGAAGGAAGUGUUCAGUUUCUUGCCCUUGCAUAUGUGGCAGAUAAUGUUCCAGAGGGCAAACGGGCUGCUGUUUUUGGGAUCUUGUCGGGCUUUGCAUCUUCUUCUUUCGUAUUCGGGAAUUUCUCGGCUCGUUUUCUAUCUACUUCAGCCACAUUUGAAGUUGCUGCUGCCAUUUCGAUUAUUGCAUUGCUCUAUAUGCGAGAAUUUUUUCCGGAGUCCAAUGGCAUUUGCACAAAAACCUCUGAAAUCGACCGUCUUCUGGAAAAAGCCCCACUUUCUCAAAAGCAGCUCCGCAUCAAUGGCAGUGAAAAGCAUCAGGGACCCAUAAAAAGUGAGCCAUUAGCCUCGAAUGAUGAUGGUAAGGCAGACCCACAAGGCUUCUCACCAAAAUGGGAUGCCCUCUUCAGCGAGCACGGGGAAUUUGGGGAUGGCUCGGGUAGUGAAAUAAGGUCAAGCAAGAAGGAGCAGGAAACAGACUGCUCAUUCGACGCCAUCGGGAAUGGCAACUCCACGGUGAGCGACUUCCCCGGCGGAAUUCGGUGCGGCCGUCGUCCGGCAGCUCUGGCGACUAUCGGCACUUUGUCCCGGAAAAGACGAAUGUUCGUUAGCUAUAUAUCUCUCGGGGGCACAACAAGCGCUGAUAGGUUUGGGGUCACUUGUGGUAAUGCCUUUGGUUGGGAAUUUAUCGGACACUUAUGGAAGAAAAGUGUUGCUCACUGUCCCCAUGACUCUUUCGUUAUUUUGGCCUACAACAGGACAAAAUACUAUUUCUACGCUUACUAUAUGCUGAGAACUCUGAUUUCCAUGGCAAGUGAAGGAAGUGUUCAGUUUCUUGCCCUUGCAUAUGUGGCAGAUAAUGUUCCAGAUGGCAAACGGGCUGCUGUUUUCGGGAUUAUGUCGGGCUUUGCAUCUUCUUCUUUCGUAUUCGGGAAUUUCUCGGCUCGUUUUCUAUCUACUUCAGCCACAUUUCAAGUUGCUGCUGCCAUUUCGGUAAUUGCAUUGCUGUAUAUGCGAAUAUUUCUUCCGGAGUCCAAUGGCAUUUGCACGAAAACCUCAGAAACCGACCGUCUUCUGGAAAAAGGUCCCUCGAAAAAGUCGAGUCUUUUCAAGACUCUGUCUUCUGUGAACGAUACCAUUUGCUUGUUGCGGACUAGCCCCACUUUCUUGAAAGCAGCUGUGGUAGCAUUCUUCAUCAAUGCUGCAGAUGUUGGACUCUACGCUUCUUUGAUGAUGCUACUUCACAGCAUUGCUUGGGCUCCUUGGGUUCCAUAUGUAGCUUCUAUGAUUACAGUUAUCUCCACUUUUGCUCUGCCAUGUUUACGAAGCAUUGCCUCAAAACAAACAGGACCGAGUGAGCAGGGAAAGGCUCAAGGUUGUAUUACAGGCAUAUGUUCCUUUUCUAACAUUGUCUCCCCUCUUGCUUUCAGCCCUUUGACAGCAUUGUUUCUAUCAGACCAUGCACCGUUUCACUUUCCUGGAUUUAGCAUUAUGGUCUCUGGCUUAGCUGCUAUGAUAGCAUUCGUGCAAAGUCUCAUGAUUAGGCCAACUCCAUCUCGUGUGGAUAACUGCAGCAAUAUUAGCACGUCUGGUCAAAUAGAGCCUUUAAUUGACCAGAGGAAUAACAUGAAAGCAACCACAAAACUUUCCAAAACGAUUGCACAUAUUGUCGAUGCGAUGAGUCAUCACCGCGCAUGUCACGACAAACAUGCUCUAGCAAAAGAACCUCACCUUAGGAGUAAGUUUCAA